AUGCGAUGGUGCACAAUUUCAGCUGAGGAGACAUCCAAAUGUAAUGAUUUUAAAGACGCUAUAAAGACAUUGGCUUCACAAGCGAAAGUAUCUGUCGAUUUUUCCUGCGUUCAGGAGAGUAAGGCUGUGGACUGUAUGGAGAAAAUUAAGAGUGACAAAGCUGAUCUGAUAACUCUUGAUGGCGGAGAAAUCUUUACCGCAGGUAAUCAAACUUUGUUAGAAAACUUAACCGAAAUAUUUAGUUAUUUGAGAGCCUAGUAACAAGGACUGCCUUCGUUAAAUUUUACACCAUUUUUAUCUCUUUGCUAUAUAAGUAACAACAAAAAUCGAAAGAAUUGGCGUUACGGAAUUUACAAGUUAACCGAAAAUUGCAAAAUUUGCAAUUUCAAACAUCUUUGGUGAGGUUUUCGACAAAUUUUUCAAACGUUUUAUCCUUUUAUCAUAUAAAUUAGUGAUUUUCGUCAAAGCUUUGUUCCAAUUCGACAUAUUUUCUUUUUUGUUAUUUAUAAACACAUCUUCAAAGCGGCGCUGCGGAUUUUCCAAUUUGAACGGUCUUACACUGACGAACGCGGAAUAUGAACAUAUGUAACAUAACAAUAAACUGUCAAGUGGAUAAAGCUCUUUUGUUGGUUUUUAAGACAAGUGCUCAACCUAGCGGGGUACAUAUACUGUAUCAGUAUCUAAAUGAUUCUUUCAUACAUGUGCCAUAUCCCGGAUAUUAUCCUUACUUAAAAGUCUGCAGAACGGUAAUAAUAUAAAUUUUCAUGUUUUGAUGGCGAAUCAGGGAAUGUAUUCGGAAGGCAAAUAUUGAGAAUAUAGAAGAAAUCAGGGACAUGCAAUGACUGUUUUCUGUGAAAUAUCUGUUCGGAGAAGCAAAAGUUGCCUAGAAUUUUCUGUAGGUUGAGGAAGGCUAAAACUUUCAUGAUGACCGUUCCAUUCAUGUACAAUUUUCGAAGCUUAUCGUAUAUAACAAGAGACUAUAAAGGGGACAGAGAGGCCAUCCCCCAUAUACACCCUAUUCCAUAGGUAUUUCGUCUCGAGUUAUUUUUAACACCACAGAUCUCAAGGGGGAUUAGACAACAGCCAAUCACAUAGCGCGAAUGUGUUCCGCGUGGAUCACCCACGCUGAGAGCCACGCGUCCUUCACGAAAUGACACAGAACAAAAUGGGGGAAGACGCGGAGAGCGAUUUUGCUAUUCCUUUUGUCGACGAAAACGACUACAGCGAGAUUCUGCGAAAGCUGUGUCAGCGAAACCGAAAUUAAAAAAGAAUCGCUUUUCUUUCUUGUGUAGAGCUAACAGUAGAGCAGGGAAAUCCUUAACACACUGAAUAUUCUCUCAGGAUCAUUUAUAAUUUACAGUUUGAAGAGAGCAAUUUCUGGUUUGCUGUUAUUUUUUUCAGUCUUUAUAGCGAUUAUUCCUACCCACCUACUUUGUCAACUGUAGGCGAACCCUCCUAAAGCUGAAUUUCAAGGGACCAUAUUCAAGCUCAGAAAGAGAAAUAAAAUUUCGUCGUUGCUUAUUUACGUCCUCCAUAAAACGCGAAAUUAGGCAUUUUCACGUCGUAGUCGUGCAAAAACGGGAAAGAAAUGAACAAAAAAGUGUGUUGCACGUGCGAAGUUGUUGUUUUGCUAAUUAAACCUAUUGUUUUUUUGACGUUCUAGUUGUCGUCCGCGUCGUUGGAUCUUAAACUCCCUAAAUUGUACAAACGACCGGUUUCAAUAGACCGGCGAAAUUUCUCAUUUUAUUAAAGCACUGAGGUUACGACAACUUCGAGUUAAACUGAUUUCACGGGUUGUCAAAGAGUCCAGCGAUUCCUUUUUCCCAGGUGAGCGCCGACUCAUUUCGCUUCAAUAUUCAGGAAUGCUCUCGAUCUUUUUACGCUUUCAUUGCCUCUCGCCCGACAUGUUUUGCACGGCGUUUGGUCAUGCGAAACCUCCACGAAACAUCCACGCCUCGCGCGAGGUAACUUUAUCCCGAUUCUAAAAAUAACUCGAGACGAAUUACCUAUGGAAUAGGGUGUAUAUGGGGGAUGGCCUCUCUGUCCCCUUUAUAGUCUCUUGUAUAUAAUGAAUUCCCUAGGAGAUGGCAAAAUGAUGAAUAUGAAAAUAAAGUAUAGUGUGUGCGAAGUCUACGAUUUUCUGAAGUUUAAUUUUUUCCAUUUCACUCCCCAGGUUAAACCAUUUUUGGGAAACCUAAAAUGUUGCGAAACCGGAAAUGCAAGGCAGAGAGGAAUAGAAAAAUUCUCACUUUCGUAAAACUUUAAAAUAAGGAAAAUAAUUCUGAAGCUCUUCUUGUUUCGAAAAGACUCAAGUUGCGUUGACUUAGGAUGACAGAACAGAUAAGUAAUUUUUAGCGUCACUUAGAAUACAUUUCUAGUAAUCUCAGUAUAAGUACUUAAGAGGAAACCGUCGUCGGGUGCCCCUAGCUGAGAAAUGAACACGUUUGCUCUCAUGUUCUUCGUUUACUGCACUCUAAUUGCUUACCGCUACUUAGUAAAUUUUUCCUCUUCUCACGCGACUUUAUCUUUUAAGGAAAGGAGUAUGAAAUGGUUCCCAUUGUUGGUGAAGAUUAUGAAAUUGGGACCCCCACCACAAGUUAUUUUGCAGUGGCGGUUGCAAAGAAGAACUCGAGCCUUACGUUUAAAACUCUAAAAGGAAAAAAGUCUUGCCACACUGGAGCAGGAAAAACAUCCGGUUGGAACGUACCUGUUGGUCUUCUUCUCUCAACGAAUAUCAUGGAGCCAGACGAAAAAUGCAAUGCUUAUAAAGCAGCUGGGAAGUUUUUCAGUGAAAGCUGCGUACCAAGUAAGAACAUUUCCUCUACGUAUUCUCUCCGAGUCUGAAUUUUUUUAAAGGGUGUCAUAGACUGGUACGUACUGUCUAUUAAAGCUGUGUCUCGGGACAGGGCCUACUCUAGGAAGCAAGACUGCAAGCAGACUUCAAUUUCCUAAUGCGUACUCGUGGAUUCACUUGGAAAAAGUAUUUUGUAUUUUCAUAGGUAAGACAGCAUUUACUCAGCAAAGAGAAAGCAACUGCCUUCCACGCACGCGUGGCGAGGGAAGGAACACGUGACGUGAUGAAGCCGUAAGAACGUCUGCGUGGGAGGCUAGCUAUUGAGUAACCGCGUAUCCAGCUCCUUAAUUCAGGACCUAUCUUCGGAUUGGCUGGGUAUUCUAAAGUUACUUCAAAUGUUACGAUUGCCAAGUCACUUACGUCGGUGAUACCGGUAGAAGCGGCUUAACACUGGACGGUCUUCACACAAACUAGCGACAAGAAAUGAUGAUGCCGACAAUCACAUUGCUAAACACUAAUUACAGACAAACCAUCGUAGCAACUAGGACUCUACUGAAUACAUUACUUAUUCAACAAGCUAUUAUAAACCCAACGAAGCACUUUAGAAAGCUAGUUUACUUAGCUCUCUCUUAGAGCAAAGGUCGCUGAACCAAACCAGCAGUUACCGGCCUUGCCUUAUAUUCUGGCAAUAAUGACUGUGAGAACCCACAAUUCAGACUUACAAUAACAGGACUGUUUCAACUGUGACAAAAGUCGGAUCGAAAACGGGCCGGUUACUUUUAGAGUUUCUAUAAACCAUAAGGUGGAGGCGUGUGGCCGAGCGGUUAAAACCUCGAACUCCGGAUCUGGAGGUCGGGAGUUCAAGCCUCGUCCGUCGCGUUGUUUUCUUAGACAAGGAACUUCACUCCACUUUGUCUCUCUUCACCCAGGUGUACAAAUGGGUACCGGCGACAUACUGCUGGGGGGUAACCCUGCGAUGGACUAGAAUCUCGUCCGGCGGGGGAGGGCGCUGCUUCAUACUAAGGAAACUAGGAUAAGCUAGGCCGUUUUAGCCUGUUCACAGGCCCUCGAUUUUCUCUUCAAAGUUCGUCAAGCGCGCGUGAUAAAAAAUAAUAACCGCGGGGGAUUUAUUGACCGGCAGCGCAAGGGAGUAGAGGUAGGGGUAGGCUGGCUCGCCGAUGUUUUCGAAAAUGACGAAAAGAAAAAUAAAACAAUGUCUGUGUACAGGCUACUGCCAUUUGGGCCUUUGUGUCGUGUGUGUCUUUACCCUUUUUAUAGCCAAUAACAUCUAGACCAUCAUAUUUGUCAUGAUAGACAACCAAUAACAUCGUGACCUAAUGACUACCGCUCUGGUUGUCAGUCACUGUCAACAACAGUCCUAUUCAGGAUACCGCUCAAGCUGGAUGAUAAGAAUCCACCUACUUCCUCUAUGUUACUGAGACCUGAGUUCCAUCAAUCAAAAGUCAAGGAGUGAAAUGCUUUGAAAAUUGGUUAGGUAGGGAUAGCACUUUUCCAUUUUUUAGUUUGUAACAUUUUUCUUUUAUCUUGGUUACAGAUGUCCAAGCUUCGACUUACGAUCCGGACGACACUAAUCCUCACAACUUGUGCGCUUUGUGCAUAGACGAAUGCAGCAAACAAGGUUACUAUUCUGGCUACUCUGGCGCUUUCAAGUGUUUGAAGGACGGAGUGGGAGACGUAGCGUUUGUUAAACACACCACAGUGCCAUCAGCUGAGGCUAGCUCAUAUGUAUAUCUGUGUAAAAAUGGAACUACCAGUGGUAGGUAUUGCGGUUUAAUGUAGCACGGCGUGCUACGCAGUUUAACAAGUCUCCUUCAAUACUUUCUUGUAGAACAAGAGACCCCGGCCACUGUUGUCGACGUAAUAUAUCAAAAAGUGGUGAUUUUCUUUUCCAGAUACGUAUGAAAACUGUUACCUCGCAAAAGUUCCAUCUCAUGCCGUGAUGGUGAAAAAAGGAAAUGCUAACAAUGCCAACUACAAACGACUAUUGCUAAAUGCUUCUAAAGUUGCCGAAAUCACUCAAAACAAUCCGACACAGUUCCAGCUGUUUAGUUCGUCCAAGUAUAACGGUACAGAUCUCUUGUUUAAAGACUCAACGAAGCAGCUCGUUGACGUUAAGGACAAGAACACCUACGAAAAAUGGCUUGGUACCGACUAUCUGGAAGACCUGAAGGCCUUGAGACCUUGUCCAACUACACCCCGGCCUACUGCAGGAGGAAAGAAUAACAUGUUAGAGUUACUGUCUGCCAUGAUCUCCUUCAUAGCACUGUUUUACACAGGAGCUUUGUUUAAAUGA